GAAGUCAACAAAUAUCCACUAUCAAAUCAAUAAACAAAGAAUAUGUAUGUGUGAUUGAUGCCUUUGCAAUUGGGGGGCACGUGGCGGGGUCUGAUUGGUCAGCUGACGCAGACGCUCGAUCUUCUUCUUCCAGCUCUCGCUUUCACAGUAUGAAUGAUACUUGGACGAGGGAGGGCCUCCGUCUCCGUCGUUUUCCAAUAUAUAUAUAAAUGUUACGUUUUUUCUCCAUAUCCAUAAUGAGUAGCAGCAGUUACGUAGUGACGUAUGGGGAUGCAGUAUUGGCGAGAUGACGAUAUCUAUCGGUACGGAGAGUCGGUCUCGCACACGGGAUGGACACUGAAUUGAGCGACCAACGCGGCAUCCAGCACCUUCGCUGAAGCUUCCUCCACCUCUCAUAUUUCCCAUUUUCCAACCCUAAUUGAAUGAUUGAAUUUCCAUGAAAAUCUCCUUCCCUCUCUCUAGUAUUAAAUAUACUUGCUUUUACCGUCCUUCCUCUCCAUUGUUGCUGCUGAUGCUGCUGUAGCUACUAUUUUUUUUUUUUGUUUUUGCACUCAUUUCAAUUUCGGUUGAGCAAUGGCGCUGCUCCCAGUGGGAUAUAGAUUUCGACCAACAGACGAAGAGCUUAUCGAUCACUAUCUGAAGCUCAAAAUCAAUAGGUGCGAUCAACAGGUCGAAGCUAUUCGCGAAGUUGACGUUUGUAAAUGGGAGCCUUGGGAUUUGCCUGAUUUAUCUGCCAUGGAGUCUGCUGACAACGAGUGGUUCUUUUUCUGCCCCAAGGAUCUGAAAUAUCAAAAUGGCCAUAGAUUAAACAGAGCAACAGAGAAAGGUUACUGGAAGGCGACUGGUAAAGAUAGGAACAUCAUUUCACGGAAGGGAGUAAAGAUUGGGAUAAAGAAGACUCUAGUUUUCUACACAGGUCGGGCGCCGGAUGGCAAGAGGACUAAUUGGGUGAUACACGAGUAUCGUGCUACUGAUAAGGCGCUCGAUGGCACUCAUCCUGGUCAGGGUGCCUUUGUACUCUGCCGACUGUUUAAAAAGGCUGAUCUAAUGCAAGAUGAGAUAUCUGAACGACGUUCGAGCUUCAACAAUGAAGAGGUUGUCUCUUCUCUUGCUGUGGCUAAAUCUAAUUGUGCUCAAGAUGAUGAGUUGAAACCAGUGACUCCCAAUUUGGGUCUUUCUAGCGUUGAAAGCGAUUCAACUAUAGAUUCUGAGAAAGCUGUAGCUUACGCUCCUAUGCCCGUCGAUUGGUGGCCGAGGAAUAGCCAUUUUGUUGAUCAGAUGCAGGAAGACACGACAUUUAUUUCUCCUGACCCUGCAGAGAUGGAAAAUUUAUUCGGAGAUUAUUCUUCCCCCAUGCAACUAUCAUCGUCAGACUGGAAAAUUUUCUCGCCGUUGCACUCACAGAUGCAAUCAGAGCUCGGAAAUCUGUAUGGCAGCAUUGCUGGUGACAUGAACACUAGCCAAAACAGUAUCCCUUUUCAAUAUGGGACAAAUGCUGUUAAUGGGUUUUUCAAUUCAUUUCUUAUGGAGCCUGCGGAGGCGAGCUUGGCCGGCAUGUGCUCUGUGUCGUCUGUCGAUGCUUCUAAGUACAUACUUGAGGCAACAGUGGACAAUAAUAAUUCGAGUAGAGAAUUUGAGAGUGCGGUGUCUCGUAGACAGCAGCAGGAUUUCAUCAAGGAAGACAUCAAACAAGAAGCUCUAUUCCUGGGUGAAGAAGAUCAUACCUUUGAGCAUAAUGGUUAUGGUUAUGAGCACAAUCAUUUGGGUAUUGCUAACAACACCCGCAAAGUAUCAAAUGAUUUCGAAGCUGAUGGUUGUGGCGGCCCUGCAGUGAGAUGCAUGAUCAGUGGAACCGGAAUUAAGACCAGGCCUCGCCUUCACCCAGAUAAUUCAAGUAAAACCAGCAACAGCAACAGGUACUCUGGUGCAGUGCAUGGAAGUGCUCCCAGAAGAAUUCGGCUGCAGAAUAACAAGUUUCAAGUGAAUGAAGCAACCGGUGAAGGAAGCAAUGAGUUGAUUGAGGAGGGCAGCGUAGCGAAGAAAGUGCAUAGUGGUGCUGAUGAUGUAGGCAUACAGUCGGGCUCGGGCUCAGGCUCAGGUGGUUCUUCUUCUUCAUCGUCGAUAUCAUCAUCAGCAUCAGCAUCAGCAGCAGGCGGGUAUAUAACAAAGGUAAGCAAAGGAAUAGCUAGGAGCUAUUGGGUGUGUUGUGUAUUUAUUAAAUUAAUGGUAUUUAAUUACUAUGAUGUUUUGAUGGUUGAGCAAAGUGGGAUGUGGUUGUGCAGGAUGGGGUGGGAAUAAGAAGGGCGUUUGUAUUGAAGAGCACGAGGACGAGGACGACCACUCUGUCGUGUUACGUCCAUUGAGAUUGAGAUUGAGGACAAUACAGCUUCCCUUAGCUUUCUUUGCUUGUUUUUCUAUGCAGCAGAGCAGCUAUAGCUGGGUGGUUGUAGAGUAGAUAUUCUUCAUUUUGCUGUCUGUCUGUCUGUGUUUUACAAGGAAGAAGAGAUGGUUGGUUGAGAUGUAAAUAAUUUGAUUUUUUGGA